AUGGUAUCGAGAAGACCGGCGGCGGCGGCGGCGGCGGACCUGUAUAGGUGGCUACUAUUGGCCGGUCUUAUCUGCUGUUCACCUUGUCAAAGCGUGUCGCCCACUUUCGAUAAUAAGGCUGGACAAAACGAGAGCAAGCCCCGUGUAUUCUCGCCCCGAAUGGACUACGACGAGUGGACGCCACUGGGUCGUGGUGAUCCUCUGAAGAACAAUCCUACCUUCGAUUACGUUCCUCCGGUUCUCGACAGGGUUCAAUACUGGUUGGAUUCACACACCACCGAGCCGUCCGCGAAGCGCGACAUUCUCGUGUUGGGUGUCACCGCGAAGAAGACCAGCCCCAAGAUACCGGAACAGUUCCUGAAGUUCGUCGACGGGCCGAAAUUCACAAAGUCCAACCAAGAUGUUCCUCACAGAAACGAUUUCACCGGAAGUACCGGCGCGGAACCGCCUAAAAUCGUGCGAACGACCAACUUCCGUAACGGUCCUAUCGACUACAGGAACCAAAAUAGAAUACAAUCUGUGCCAGCCAGCUAUUAUCCGUCUUCGUAUUACGGGCACAAAUCGAAACCGUACACGAUGAUGCUACCGCCUCCGUUGGUCCAAAAAGAGAAGAUCGUCAGCUUCGUCGAGCCGACCCAACAGUUCAGCACGCAAACGGAGGAGGGACCGCUGCUGGGGGAUUCACCGCAAUUCUACGCGCUACCAUCGAAGACCUACAACAAUCAACACUCACCGACGAAAUCGCAGCAGUCUCAAAACCCUUCGAAAUCCCCCAGUAAGGCAGUUAUAGUCGAGACGAUAAAGAGCGUGCACGCAGCCUCGUCGGCGCAGACAACGAAAUCACGAUACGAAACUGUCACUGCCACGCCGUCUGUCUCCUUCGAGAAGUCCAAUUUGAUCUACCAAUCGACCCAAACGCUUUCCGGCGGCUGGCCAGGUGGUAACGGUCCCCCGUCGACGCCGAUCACGUCCGACACGAGUCAAUCUGCAUGGCAGUCGACCGAUUAUUCUCGUGAUCUCUACGAUAUCGAUCACCACGUAGCCGCAGCCUCCUCGAAUCACGAGGUCGUGGUCGAGCAAAACGCGAAUAUAAUCGUCGACGCGGGUGGUAAUGGGAAUGGUGAGGUGGUCGUGGGACAGAAGGAGGAGGCUGUUUCGUCGGAAGAUGCGACGUCUUCGUCGAUGGUAAUGAACGUCACACGUAAUUCUACCGAUCCCAUCAAGGGCAGCGAUGAAGCGAACGUAGAAACGGAGUCGAGUCCAUCUUCUGAAAAGAUGCAUAUCGUUAUGGCUAACUCGCCAGGUGGCUCUGACGGGGAGGCCCAGAACUCGAGAAAGGAGCCAGUUGCCUUGGUGAUGCCGAUGAAUUAUUCGGAGAAAAAGGUGAAUCCUGCCUCUGAGAAUACUCCAAUGCCAGAAGCAACGUCCAUUGUGCUGGAAAAUGCUUCCACAAUAGAGACAGAAGCGCCCGGAAGUCGACCCGAGUCACCGGUUCGAUCCUCUGCGACUGGUUCGUCUGUUUCAACCGUUUCAUCGGAGGACCAUCAAGCCCCGCUGGUGCCAGCCAUUUCACCGAAUCGAAUCACUCCCUCCCAUCGUCAACCCGCCUAUUCUCAAGCUGCCCCGAUUGUUUCGAUCCCACGGCAACCAUCCACGGGAUCAGUUCACUCGUUUGGAUUCCCGCAAGCCCCCCUGCAAUCGAUGAUGCAUCCUCAAUCAAGACCUAGUCACGCGAUGAUGCAGUUCCUCGGUAGCAUGCGUCCAAACAUGAGCUUCCGACCGGCAGGCUCGAUGUCGAUGAUGUUCCCGCCGAUGACUCACAUGCACGCACCUCCUCCGCCUGUGAAACCAUCCAUGAAUCACAUGGGAUCCUCAAUGGGUAUGGAUCAGUCGCGUCUGCCACCGAUGCAGGAUUUCUCUAUGAUGUUCACUGACCCACCAGCGCCCUCUUCUCUAACUUCGCAGCCAAUAGAAUCGGAGGAUCAUGGUGCUCCAGAUCGACAUAGACACCGAAUGCCCGAAACGACCACACCAUUCGCCACGUCGAUUAUUUUCCCUGUAGCAGUUUCCUCGACAGAGCAUCCGUCUUUCGUCUCUAUCACAAAUGAUCCAAGCUCUAUAGAAAAUUCUCCUCUAGGGACGAUACUCAGCGAGGAAAAGGCCACCGCAUCGCCGCGUCCUCCGACAACGACCACCACCACCAGAAUCACCACCGUUCAAAGUCUGACCACCGAUCCGAUCUUCUCUCAUUACAAGCAACCCGCCAAACCCAUACGCGGCCCGAUGUACCUGAUAAUUCAAGGCCACUCGAAGGUCAAAACAUACAAGCCGACCGUGACCAAACACGGGAUGCCGAUCGAGAAGAACGAAAUCGUGACCGACAGGCAGCUCUCUAAGCUCGAGCAAUUCAUCAAGGAGAACACGAGGAACGGUAACUCGAGCACGGAAGCCGCGACGGCGAUGAUCGAGAAGAAGAAAACGGAGGAUAAGGCGCGGGCCGAAAAGAUCGCGCAAGCUCAUCGGAACAGCUUGAUGAGCCUGGUCGAGAACGGUUUGGGGAGCUUCACCGUGUCGCCGUCGCCCUACGCGACCGAGGAGGAACAUCAGCCGAACUCCGUGACCACGAUCGAGAUCAAUGGAAACUAG